AUGCCAGUCGACUACAGCAUUAAGGUAGAAACGUCCGCCUAUGCUCUGCCGAAAGAUGAUUUACCAAGUAAUGAAAAAAAUUCUGAAUUGUCACUUCCUGAUCUCAGUUCAGGAAGUGAUAAGAAAAAUUCUGAGUUGUCACAUAUUAAUACUUCUAACAUAUCGGAGAAACAAACAUCUUCAAAAUCUGGA